UCAAGUUUCCUGCGAAAAUUGGCGACUGUCAAAAACUGGCUGCUAUUUGGUGCUCCGCUGCAGGAUUAUUGCCGCUGAAGUGAAGGGUCAGGGGUGAGGAUAAUAUUUAAGUAAAUAAUGGCUCUUUCAAGACUAAAUAACAGUCGGUUGACGACUGGAGUCGGCAUUUUCUUGAAGAUUUAUAAGAAGUCUUUCACACCUCGAAUACUGUCUACCAUGGCUGAUCCUAGCAAAGACUACAGGACAGAAAAGGAUACUUUUGGAGAACUCAAGGUGCCCAACGAUAGGUACUAUGGGGCGCAAACGGUCAGGUCUACCAUUAAUUUCCCCAUUGGAGGCGAAUUUGAACGGAUGCCGUACCCCGUCAUUACAGCCAUGGGCAUCCUGAAGAAGGCGGCGGCGAUCGUCAAUAAAGAAUACGGCCUCGACGCCAAAAUAGCGGAAGCGAUCUCGAAAGCCGCCGACGAAGUCAUCUCUGGCAAGCUCUACUGCGACCACUUCCCCCUCGUCAUUUGGCAGACGGGUUCCGGCACCCAGACCAACAUGAACACCAACGAGGUCAUCAGCAACCGCGCCAUCGAGAUCCUCGGUGGAAAACUGGGCAGUAAGGAACCCGUCCACCCCAACGACCACGUCAAUAAGAGCCAGAGCAGCAACGACACCUUCCCCACGGCCAUGCAUAUAGCUGUGGCCAUGGAAAUCGAGCACACCCUGAUGCCGGGAAUGAAGAUGCUGACCGACUCCCUGGAUAAAAAGGCCAAGGAGUUCGCCAACAUCAUAAAGAUCGGACGUACCCACACCCAGGACGCGGUACCUCUGACGCUGGGUCAGGAAUUCAGCGGGUACGUCCAGCAGAUGUGCUUCGGGAUCGACAGAGUCAAGGCGACGCUUCCCAGGUUGUACAUGUUGGCUUUGGGGGGCACCGCCGUCGGAACCGGUUUGAAUACGAGGAAGGGAUUCGCGGAGAAGUGCGCCAAGAAGAUCAGCGACUUGACCGGUUUGCCAUUCACUUCCGCCCCGAAUAAGUUUGAGGCUCUGGCCGCGCACGAUGCCUUGGUCGAGGUGUCGGGGGCGUUGAAUGUCGUCGCUUGUUCUCUCAUGAAGAUCGCCAACGAUAUCAGAUUCCUAGCGUCCGGACCGAGAUGCGGCCUGGGGGAGCUCGCCCUCCCCGAAAACGAGCCGGGCAGCUCCAUCAUGCCGGGGAAAGUGAACCCGACCCAGUGCGAGGCCAUCACCAUGGUGGCCGCUCAGGUGAUGGGCAACCACGUCGCCGUCACCAUCGGCGGAUCCAACGGCCAUUUCGAAUUGAACGUUUUCAAACCCAUGAUGGUGGCCAACGUCCUCAGGUCCAUCAGAUUGAUUGGGGACAGCUGCAAGGCGUUCACGACCAAUUGCGUGGACGGCAUCGUCGCCAACAAGGAGAGAAUCGAUAAGUUGCUCCACGAGAGCCUCAUGUUGGUCACCGCCUUGAAUCCGCAUAUCGGCUACGACAAAGCCGCCCUCAUCGCCAAGACCGCUCACAAGGAUAACUCAACAUUGAAAGAAACGGCGAUAAAGCUGGGAAUACUCACCGAGCAACAGUUUAACGAGUGGGUGAAGCCCGAGGAGAUGUUGGGGCCCAAGUAAGACGUUCCGUGAUGGGGUUGUUUCGGUUUUGUAUAUAAGAUGAUAUGAAUUUUAUUUACAGUAUUUAUGAAUGUUGUAUUUCUCGAGAGUUUUUGUAAAAAUUGCGACUGUACAGAGUGUAUGGAGUAUCAUCUCCUGUAGAUGACUGUUUUCGUGAAAUAAAUUGUUAUAUACAU